AUGACUCGUGCGGAGAACGAGACUGGCUCAUUCUUGAUCAACGGCCCGCCAGACGAAGCUGCAGCCAAGUUUCUCCGCCGAAUCUCCGAGUUCAAUCGCUUCCAAGGUCAGUACGCCAUUGCGUCCAAAUUAGGACGAGGUCGAAGUGCAUCAUCGCUUCCAAAAUUCUGGUAUUAUAGAGUCAAAGCAUUCAACAAUCCUUCUUUUUCUACGUCCCAGUCACCUUCGAAAACCCACUUCGUUGAAAUAGAACACGCUGAGAAUGCCUUGAGAUUUUGGCUCCAGAACUUCAGGGCAGAAAUCCUUCCACACUCCCUCUACACUACAGCUUCUGUGCUGUUUGAAUCGGUCGACCCACACGAUCUGAUAGCUCUCCUUGACAUAAGCAUCAGGGAAAUCGCCAUGCAGACGCAGCUCCAGCAAGAGGACAGUAACACGGUACUCUUUCUCCAAAGAGGGAGAUGCUUUAUGGAGGAGAGAAUGUAUCGAGCACAAAUGGAGGUUUCAUUAUUCAGUAAAGCUAUGGCAAACUUGUGCGAGAAACUGAACACUACAACUAAUUCAACUAAUUCGCCUCCAUCGCUUGCUCCAAAGCUCCCCCUGGACGCUGUCGACUAUGAAGGAGUAUGUCAAGAAUCUCCCUCGGUCAAAUUCGACUGUCCCAGACGCAUCGAGGCCGUCCGAUCCAAAUGCAUGGCAUGGCUUUCCGCCUGCCGCGAGGCAUCGCUUCUGACAUCGUCACAUUUUCAUGACACUACAGCAGUUGGUAACAAAGCUAGCCGAGUACUUAUUGACCCCCCGCAACAUGUACACGAUUCUUGCCGCCAUGAAAACCUCUCAAAGCCGGGCGAUCCAAUUCUUCACCUACCUGGUUACUUGAAAUCCCGCGUUGAUGAUAUGGCACGUCGUGCAUACGUGAGCGCAUGCCUUGCGGAAAUCAACAGACCUCUAGGCACCGGUACCGGUAGCGAUAACAGUAACCACUUCAGAGCAGAGAGUAAAACACUGGACGAACUCAAGUAUGACUUACGUAUUAUGUAUUUGAAGAAGCAACGCGCACAGUCCGAAGUGGACAUGUUUGCUGAAGCCAUAGCACGCACUGUUGAAGGCGCAUCUUCUGCCAGUGCUACGACGAUCGAACCACCUCUACUUGAUGAUGAUUGGUUUGACGGUUGGAACUCAACCUCGUCCCUAUCUUCCGAUAUUUAUGCACUUCUGUGA